UUCAAUAUUUCACACCGGUGGAGAGUAUAUAAAAUGCACGGCCGUCGGCUGCUAACUUGCGUUUGGCGGUAGAGUUCGUCAAGUAACUGAGCCUGGUGUGCUACGGAAGAGUAAAGCAAGUGUACAGAGUCGCUGAAAUCGGAAUCGUUCUUCCCACGGACUUGGCUCUGAACCUCAAGUCACCAAAGAUGACUGACGGUAGCAAGUUUCUCUCGCCGAAGAGCGUCCCAGCGAGGAAUGGGAAACUCUGGCGCUUGAUUCUGGCAGGAAUGCUGCUGAAUUUAUGCCUUGGCAUCUCUGUCUCGGGCCGUGUGGUCCUUCAGGAAGAUCGUUGGGCGUUGUCGGAGGAACCCCUCUCGGAAACUGCUGACGAUGUUCGAAUCCCGGAAUCCUCCCAGUUACGCAGUGAAGAAGAUCAGGAAACAGAAGUGGCCGUUGCGCACGGAAUUCAGCGAGAUAAAGCUCUCUCAUCCGGGGACGCUCCCAAAAGUGAAAGCAAGGAGUUGGAAGCAGAGUUGCUUUUGACAGGGGGGGAAACUUAUGUCCGAUGGGGGCGCACUACUUGCCCGAAUCACUACAACACGAAUCUAGUGUAUGCAGGUUAUGCUGCAUCGUCAUACUAUGCACAUAAAGGUGGCACAUCGGACUUCCUCUGCCUUCCAAAAAACCCUCAGUGGGCCUCCCACAAGGAUGGGUUCAACUCACGCUCAUACUUAUAUGGGACGGAGUACAGAGUUAGCAGUUUCGAUCCAUUUUCCCACAAGAACGCCCAACAUCUGAAUAACCACGCCGUGCCCUGCGCCGUGUGCCGCCUCGUCCGCAAGACCAAGUUGCUUUACCCGGCCAGGCUCAGCUGCCCUCCCGGGUGGAGGGUAGAGUACAGUGGUUUCCUCAUGGCCGGACACUACACCCACGGGCGGACCGAAGCCUUGUGCGUGGACAAGGAGCCCGAGGCAGUGGUCGGUAGUAGUGCCGCUAAGUACGAGGCGCUGCUGUACGUCAUGGAAAGCGUGUGCGGAUCCCUUCAUUGUCCCCCUUACGUUAACGGGCGUGAAAUAACGUGCACUGUGUGCAGUAUCUAGAAAUGACGUACAGAUCACAUCAUGGCAUGAGGUAUAACUGCUCAGACAUGCGUCACAUUUUUCCGUAGAUUUUUUGUCACUUAUUUCCACUUUAACCUGAUUUAACUAUAAUGGGUUUCAAAUAAUUGAAUAAACAAAUUCCCCAUUCU